CGACGGCGUGAAUGGCUCCGAGUUGUUUACAUGCUGUGGACUCGCGGCUUGUUUUCCAGUGGGAGACUCCUCUUUUUCAUCGCAGUCCCACUGAAGCGACGAGUGGACUCGAACCAGUCACGCGUGUGUUCUGAAUGGAGCUCCAAGGAAGGUGCUCCGCCGUUGCAGCAGGGCGCUGAGGUGACUCUGGAGAAUGUUCCGCUCUGGAGUCAACACGUGUUUGCAGGAGGAAACGGCGUCCUUUCAGCUCCAUUCACAACAGAUGCAGUUCACUCAGCCCUGGUGCGAUUCAUGCAGAUGGAAGCCCUGUCAUGAGCCGCCUAACUCUGAUCAAGGCCUUUGGCUUGAAACACGCGGCAGCGCUCGUCUUCUCUCGCGUGGCUACAGCCUCCCACCAGCAGGGGGCUGAGGGCGCACUCACUGGACCGUGGGAGGAAAGCAGAGUGCCAACCGGGUGGGUUGCUGCUCCUGGUUACAGCCUCCAUCACAGUAAAGGUUGAGCGCACAAAACGGAAGGUCGUCACACGAGCACGCGCUCCGACGCGAGGCCACGAGAACAAUGAAGCAGAAGUAAGAACAAACAAGAACAAGUGUGAUGUGUGAGAAGGUGCUUCUUUUCAAUCAGACACUGUGACUCUGUGUGUGGCGGUGGAACCUGGACCAGCAGGUACAGGCGUCACGCCCCCUGACUCUGCCAUGUCCGGGAGUCACAUAUGUGCCGGGCCGUUUCUUCCUGUCGUCGGUGCUGGAGCGAACCCACUGAGGAGGGUGAAACGGUGCCGGGGAUCCGACUUCCUUCCUGUGAUGCUCUGUUGCCUUCUCAUCUGCUGGAUCUGAGGAGGACACGGCCGAGAGACGCGUGGCGUGAGAGGAAGCACCCUCAGACAUGAGACCCGGAAUCUGAUGUUCGCUCGCUGUUGGCCCUUUGAACUGUGGCCAUUCCUUCCUCGGACUGGCCUUUUGAGUGAGAAGUGCGCCGCUCUCAGGCCGAGCCCAGUAACUACAACACAGUCUCAAUUCCAUUUGGUUCAGAGGCGGAAGAUGAAGACCGGCCAACAAGUCCAAGUCACCGGAGGGGGUGAGCUGCUCUGUGACGUCACAGGGCCAUCACGCAGGACAGCAGUGAGGCCUGCCGUGACGUCAGAGGGAGGUGAGGUUCGUUUGGAGGCCAAGUGAGGGAGUGUGGAGAGGGGGUCGCGACCCUGCUCAGCCAUGUCUUCGCCGACGUCAACCCCGAGCCGCAAACGUGGCAGGAGCACCAACCCGUCCACACCCAGCAGCCAAGGCCUGGCCUCCCCCGCCUCGCAGCGGCGCCGCGGCCAGGACUCGUCCGUGGGCGAGCUGAUGCCCAUGCCCACCUCCCCCGCCACUGACGUCCUCAGCCCCGCCGCGCCUCAGGACACGUCCCUGAUGUCCAGUCCUCGGCCGUCAGUGCUGCCUCACGACGUGGACAUGAGCUCGCCCCUGAUGUACGGGACGCCCAGCUCCAGGAUGGAGGGCACCCCUCGCAGCAGCGCCCGCGGGACCCCCGCCCGGCAGCGUCCGGACCUGGGCUCCGUCAGGAAGGCCCCUCAGGUGGAGCUUCAGUCUGAUCAGCCCGAUGCUGACGCCAGCUCCGGCCAGAGGCUGGUCAUCUGGGGCACCGACGUCAACGUGGGCGCCUGCAAAGAGAAGUUCCAGAGGUUCCUGCAGAGGUUCGUGGACCCCACCUCCACUGAAGACGAGAACGCGGGUCUGGACCUGAACGAGCCGCUCUACAUGCAGAAGCUGGAGGAGAUCAGCGUGGUGGGUGACCCCGUGCUGAACGUCAACUGCAGCCACGUCCAGGCCUUUGAUGCGGAACUCUACCGGCAGCUGGUCUGCUACCCUCAGGAAGUGGUCCCCACCUUCGACAUGGCGGUCAACGAGCUGUUCUUCGAGCGCUUUCCUGACUCCAUCCUGGAGUUCCAGAUCCAAGUCCGCCCCUACAACGCCCUGAAAACCAGGAACAUGCGGAGCCUCAACCCAGAAGACAUCGAUCAGCUGAUCACCAUCAGCGGCAUGGUGAUCCGCACCUCGCAGCUCAUCCCGGAGAUGCAGGAGGCCUUCUUCCAGUGCCAGGUGUGCGCCUUCAGCUGCCGCGUGGAGGUGGACCGCGGGCGCAUCGCCGAGCCGGCAGUGUGUCGCCACUGCAACAGCACCCACAGCCUGGCGCUGGUCCACAACCGCUCCGUCUUCUCCGACAAGCAGAUGAUCAAGAUCCAGGAGUCUCCUGAAGACAUGCCCGCCGGCCAGACGCCGCACACCACCGUGGUCUACGCCCACAACGAUCUGGUGGACAAGGUGCAGCCGGGAGACCGAGUCAACAUCACGGGCAUCUACAGGGCCGUUCCCAUGCGCGUGAACCCGCGGCAGAGCAACGUCAAGUCGGUCUACAAGACGCACAUCGACGCCAUCCACUUCCGCAAGACGGACGAGCAGCGGCUGCACGGCCUGGACGAGGAGAGCGAGCAGAAGCUGUUCACGGAGGAGCGCGUGCAGACGCUGAAGGAGCUGGCCGCCAAGCCCGACGUCUACGAGCGCCUCUCCUCCGCGCUGGCGCCCAGCAUCUACGAGCACGAGGACAUCAAGAAGGGCAUCCUCCUGCAGCUGUUCGGCGGCACGCGCAAAGACUUCAGCCAGACGGGCCGCGGCCACUUCCGGGCCGAGGUCAACAUCCUGCUGUGCGGCGACCCCGGCACCAGCAAGUCCCAGCUGCUGCAGUACGUGCACCGCCUGGUGCCGCGCGGCCAGUACACCUCGGGGAAGGGCUCCAGCGCCGUGGGUCUGACCGCCUACGUGAUGAAGGACCCCGAGACGCGGCAGCUGGUGCUGCAGACCGGCGCGCUGGUGCUCAGCGACAACGGCGUCUGCUGCAUCGACGAGUUUGACAAGAUGAGCGACGGCACGCGCUCGGUGCUGCACGAGGUCAUGGAGCAGCAGACGCUCUCCAUCGCCAAGGCCGGGAUCAUCUGCCAGCUCAACGCCCGCACCGCCGUGCUGGCCGCAGCCAACCCCGUGGAGUCGCAGUGGAACCCCAAGAAGACCACCAUCGAGAACAUCCAGCUGCCUCACACGCUGCUCUCCAGGUUCGACCUCAUCUUCCUGAUGCUGGACCCCCAGGACGAGGCGUACGACCGCAGGCUGGCCCACCACCUGGUGUCGCUCUACUACCAGAGCCAGGAGCAGGUGGCCGAGGAGGUGCUGGACAUGGCGGUGCUGAGGGACUACAUCGCUUACGCUCGCACCUACAUCAGCCCCCGGCUGAGUGAGAAGGCCGGCCAGGCCCUGAUCGAGGCCUACGUGGACAUGAGGAAGAUCGGCAGUGGGCGGGGCAUGGUGUCCGCCUACCCCCGACAGCUGGAGUCCCUGAUCCGUCUGGCCGAGGCUCACGCCAAGGUGCGCUUCUCCGAGGUGGUGGAGACCAUCGACGUGGAGGAGGCCAAGCGUCUGCAUCGAGAGGCCCUCAAGCAGUCGGCCACCGACCCCAGGACCGGCUUCGUGGACAUCUCCAUCCUCACCACCGGGAUGAGCGCCACGGCUCGUAAGCGCAAGGAGGAUGUGGCUCAAGCCCUGAAGAAGCUGAUCCAGGCCAAGGGGAAGACGCCGGCCCUGAAGUACCAGCAGCUGCUGGACGACCUGCGCGGCCAGUCCGAGACGGCCAUCACCAAGGAGCUGUUCGACGAGGCGCUGCGAGCGCUGGCGGACGAGGACUUCCUGACCGUCACCGGGAAGACCGUCCGCCUGCUGGCCUGAAGCUCCGCCCCAGAUCAGCCUGUAUAGUUUCUGCCCUCUAUUGUUGUACAGUGUGUUGCUUCUCAGUUCAGCCGCGAGUGGAAAAUAAAGCCAGCGUGUUCAUCAUGUUGCUGAUCUGGUUCCUUCUGUGGAGCACAACAAUGUUGCCAGGCAGCAUUUCUGACGUGGCGCUGUUGACGGCUGA